CGGGACCAAAUAAUGGAGACAAAGCCAUGAUUAUGAUUCAUCUGUUGCCCCCAGCGCCCUCGGCAGUUACAAUGGAUGCGGUUUACCACGAUUGACCCCCUUUCUCACUGUUGACUUGGUUAUCUGGAAGAGGUUGGGGCCUUCAAGCCAUUGAGUGAUAUUAUUUGGCAAGAUCUCGAACAAAGCGAGCGAAUCGAUUCGGCAGGUGAAGAAAGGACCCUGUUCGAGAGGGGUGCGAGUGGGAGGAGCACGAGGAGCACGAGGAGCACGAGAAGCUCCCAGUGCAAUUCCCGAAGCGAGUCCGAAAAGGCCAACCACGCAACGGACGAAACCCACGCCGGGCGCUCGCCUCCCACGAAGCUUGCAGCCCGCGUACAGCCUCCCACACCUGUGACACCCUCCAAGUAAUCCCUCUGACUGAGAGUUUUCGCGCCCCUCUCUGCACCCGACCUUUCACGCACUACUUCCUCUCCCACGAGAACGCAAUUUUCUCUCCCCACUAUUGCUACCUCGUCCCUCCAUUCUCCCACCACCUUUCUACAGAGUCGACGUCUGUUCUUGGGCUGUAGAAGGACGAGUAGAAUAUUCUGCGCGAAGGGCGACGGCUGCUUUACUGCACCCCGACGGUCGAAAGUCGACGAGAUCGCCACCCGCAGAUACCGUGUCAUAGUGCGCCCUUUUGUCGACAACCCUGGGGCGCCAACUCCCACUCAAUCCGUCGUCCCCUGCCGAAUACCUCCAGAUCCGUACACAGCGCUGAGGAGGAGCAAACAGGGCAAAGGGAAGAGCACUCAGGACCAUGUCGGGGUAUCGCGGCCGUACAGGGCCGAACUUUUCAGAGUACCUGAACAAUCUCAAUACUCUGGCAUCGCCCUACGACCAGGAGCAGUUCCCGACGGAAGAGCUAGACAUCAGCCAGGACCUGGCCAUGUUCACAAACACCGACUUCACCCACUUUGACAUUCCUCCGCUACCUGAAGAUGGCUCUUUCAAUUUCGACCUUGGCGACUCUAAAACCAACCCAAAUAACGUAAAAUACGAAGAACUCCUCUCUGGCUCUUCGCCCACACACAACUAUCAACCCUCCAACAUCGAUACUUCCGCGGGCGACUCUUCACACUACUACGGCACAUAUAACACUCCCAUUCAACCCGCACCGAUCCCAGGCUUUAAUAACCUUGACUCUCAUACAUCUCCUGGCACCUCAACGGCCACUGGACUCCAAGCAGCGCGGAGGAAAGGUGAUGCCGUUGACGCAAAUAUAUUGAAUCCGGAGGAGAAGUCUCGCCUAGCUGCCGAGGAAGAUAAGAGGCGGAGGAACACGGCCGCCAGUGCGCGAUUUCGCGUCAAGAAGAAGCAGCGCGAGCAGGCGUUGGAGCGGACGGUGAAGGAAGUCCAGGAGAAGAACGCUAAACUGGAGGCCAAGGUGAAUCAACUGGAGAUGGAGAACAAAUGGCUCAAAGAUUUAAUCACCGAGAAGAAUGGGAUGUCAUCAAAGGAAGAGAUGGCAGCGGCGUAUCAACAGUACCGCAAAGAAAGCGAGGAGCGAGAGCUGAAGCUCCACGAACACACGACCGGGGUAGGCACCGAUUGAUUUGCAACCAAAUAAAAGGAGAGGCUUACUUUUGGGAUUUUUUGAUUGAUACACAAGAUUCUAUGUGGCUUUUACAGUGCCCAUGAUACCAGAUAAACCAGAAUAUUAUUCAGACAACGAGACAUGUCUUGGAAGGGUUUUGUGUUGGAUUUUGC